AAUCUUGCCGCCGCGAAUAAUACUCGGCGGAUUGAUGUGUUGAAAAACGGGGAGACAACUGCGAUGAUGCCGGGCAAUGUGCAACGACCUAGCUGGAAUGGAGUAGAGCUCUAUGAUUUAUAUAAUUGAAAAAAAAUCAUAUUAAACGUAGCAGCUCUCUUCGUGUCGUAAGUCUAACUUCGAUAAUGCCACAAUAAAUCCCGAGACUUUCUAGAAUACAGAAAUCCCACUGCGUGUGCACCUUAUCCGAUAUGUCACAUAACGUAUUAAUAACCGGUGGUUCUGGAUACCUCGGCGGAGAUCUUCUUGCUCGGAUGGGCGCUGCGAAUCUGCCACCUUACCGAAAAUUGUAUGCGUCGGUACGGACGGCAGAGCAAGCUGACGGCGUCCGACAGUACGGUGCUGAGCCGUUGUUCUUUAACCUCAAGGAUGAGUCGGAAAUACGGACUACCGUCAUCGACCGCGAGAUUACCGUGGUUUUUUACCUCAUCGACGCAGUACAAUACGAGCCUCCAUUAUUCUUCAUUCAAGCUCUCUCUGAGGUCAAGAAGGCGACCGGACGUACCGUUCAUUUCUUGCAUACUACUGGGGCUAAGCUCUUUUCAAGCCAUGCAGACGCCCCGACUGAUCGUCCUCUACUAGACACCGACCCGCAGUUGUAUGAGAUUCAGAAGUCUCAGAAUCCAAAGCUCAACGUAGCUCGAGAGGGUGUUAGGACCAAUUGCGCGGUGGUAGAACAAGCUGAGAAGUAUGGGGUUCGCGGCUACGUGUUUGUGCCCUGCAUAGUGUAUGGGAAGAGUAAGGGAUUUGGCGAACCUGUGUCUACCCUGCGGCAGAUAUAUAUGAUCGUUCGGGCAGCAAAGACUCUCGGGCGUGUGUAUCGGGUUGAUUCCGCCCGGCCGGAAUGGCCAGUGUGCCAUAUAGCUGAUAAUACUGCGGCAUACAUAGAGCUUCUGCGUAAGAUCCUAACCGAUGAGAAUCCUAGCCACGGCAAGAAUGGCUACUACCUUGCUUCUUCGGGUAGCAUUGCGUGGGAUGAUCUAUACGAUGCGAUAGCUGCCGCCCUCGUCAAGCGGGGUGUCAUCGCCGACGGUUCAGUUACUCUGGCAAGCGAAAAGAACGUUGAGGACAUGGGCACCGCGCUUGGAGUUCCCAAGGAAAUGGUACCCGUUCAGCUGGGCGGAAAAUGUACUCUUUCAGCUCGGCGGGCCCGCGAGGAGCUGGGCUGGAAGCCUGCUUACCCGGCGGAACACAUCCUAGAAGCUGCCGACGGAGAAGUCGAGUGGGUUCUGGAGCAUUUGAGAGACUGAAUUAUAUACCUACCUCAUAGCUUAACGCUCUGGGGUAUUGUGUUUCAUACGUUUUUCGUAUUCCAUUAUAUUGUUGCCAGGUUGCCAAGUCGUCAAUAACAUAUUAGAAUAAAUGCGAUUAUUUGAAUCCCCU